AUGAAGAACCCGUUCCCCCCAGAGGCCCCCCAGAGUGUGCGUGCUGGGAACGAGACCCAGGGGACGGACGGCAGCAGUGUGGGGGUACAGAUCCUCUGGGACCCCCCAAAAGAGGGAGACCUUCCAGUUCACCACUACAAGGUCACCUGUAGCGCUCGCAAUGCCCUUCGCCCCUCUGCACAGGACAGAAAGGACAAUGCCCGGGUCACCCAGGGAGCUGUGUGUGAGAUGGAUCUCCAAGGUCUGCUGCCAGGUACCUCUUACCUGAUCCAGGUCCAGGCCAUCUCCUACUGGGGACAGAAACGCCUGAAGAGUGGUCGUGCCCAGCUCACCUUUACCACAAAAACUACAGGUUUGUCAUCUUUACCUGGUCCUGAGCAGACUAAAGGUCAGUUCUCCAACGAGCUCCCUUCCACCCCUCACCUGGUCAACCCUGCUGCCCCCCACCAGGUCAACCCUUCGUCUCCCCACAACCUUCGCUUGGAAGCCGCUGCCCCACACUACCACAACGACCAGCUGCAGGUUAAGGUCUUCUGGAAGAGACGACACCAAGAAACCUAUAAGGACUCCACUACAUACGUCCUGAGGUGGUAUCCUCAUGUAUGUGCCAGCAACGUCAGCCAGACAGAGAACAAAGCCACUGUGCAGGGAACACAUUAUGUUAUCACGGGGCUGCUGUUCGCCUGUAAGUACCGGAUCGCUGUGGCGCUCGUAGCACCAGAGGGGGAUCAGAGGUCAGAAGGUGUUACUGCGGUAACGACCCCACCUUGUUCUGCGGUCAUGGCGAGAGGGGGCAAGGCCUUGCCCUGUGCCAGAGAAGAGCGCCCCCUGGUGUCCAAGAAGGUGGUACUGCGUCCUGAGAAGCUGACUGCAGAGUUCCACACGGUCAACGGUUCCCUGCAGGGCCUGUUCCGCUGGCAGCUCUCCCAGACUGCACCGGGGCAGACGCCCAUCUCAGGGUUCCAGUUCUCCUGGGUGCAGGUGUCCUCUAGCGCCAUGGCAACAGAAGGACAGGACACCCUUAUCUCUCAGACACAGAUAGUGGCCCCGGACCAGCGCUCUCUGACAGUGGAGUGGCUGCAGCCAGACAGUGUGUAUAAGCUACAGGUCCAGGUGCUGUCAGCAGGUGGCAGUGGCCUCUCAGUGGCCAGGACACUCCAUACACCUCCCCUCAACACCACUCUGCUAUGAGGCUCCCCCCAACGUGCUUCAUCCUCUGCUGCUCGUCAUCACUAGCGCCGUAGUGUGUGUUGAGAACACCACCUCUACAGCCUGUAUAUGUGUCCACUAAAACACACACACACACACACACACACAGACCCUGCUACACACACACACACACACACACCAAUGCCGUGCCAGUGCUGCACUGCUCUCUGUUGUCUUUAUCACACAGAGAUAUAUAUUGAGAUAUAUAUUGCAUGAUAGAGAUAUAUAUUGAGAUAUAUAUUGCAUGAUGAACGAAUCACCUUUACCUGAAAGAUCAGGUGAAUCUAUACCAUGGCCGUUACACGUACAAUACACGUUUAAUGUUUAGAGAUGAUACUUUUCAGUCGUGUAUAAUGUAAUCCUAAUUUACACAUGUAAAGAAAAAAUAUAUAGCACUGAUGUAUGUAGUGAUACCAAACUGUCUUUUUCAUUGAUCUCUACACAGUAUGUUCCUGAAAGUAAAAUGGCGUAAAGCAGUUUGUAACCUGUUGUAGUUUAGUAUUUUUGUAAUAUUGCGCUAUAAGUUAUUAUUUCAAGCAUAUGAUAACCCCAGCAGUGACUUUGAUGUAUGUAACCCUCUUAUAUAUCGUUGUUCCAGUUUUAUUUAUUGUGUUGUAAUUAAAGAGUAUUGUAAUAUG